AUGACAGAAAGGAUAUGUUUACACUCACGAUUUACACUUUUAUCUAAAUUAGGAAAAGGAACAUAUGGAGUUGUUUUUAAAGCAAUGGAUAAUGUUACACAACAAUGCAUUGUAAUAAAAAAGUAUAAUAAUGAAAAUAUGGAUGGGAUUGGAAUUACUUCAUCGGCAUUAAGAGAGAUAUGUUUAUUAAGACAAUUAAAUCAUAGAAAUAUUGUAAAAAUAUUAGGAGUUUGUUCAGGAAAGAAUGAACUUGAAUUAUUUAUGGAAUAUUGUGAUUGUAAUUUAAGACAAAUAAUAGGAGGAUAUCUUGGUAAUGACAUAAUAAGAACAAAAUAUAUAUUUAAACAAAUAAUGGAAGGACUUUUAUAUAUUCAUGAAAAUAAUAUUGUUCAUAGAGACUUAAAACCAGAAAAUAUUUUAUUAAAAAAUGGUAUUGUAAAAAUAUGUGAUUUUGGAAUGGCUAAAUAUUCAUUUAAAAGUUAUACACAUGAUGGUAUGCUUGAACAAUAUGCACCACCAGAAAUUUUACAAGUUAUGCGUUCAAAUGAUCAAAACAAAGAAGCUAUUUAUGUUCCUUCUGAUAAAAUAGAUCCAUGGUCUUGUGGUAUUAUUUUAAUUGAAAUGACUCAAAAAAGUAGUAAUAUUCAAAUUGACUGUGAAACACUAUAUCGAGAAUCAGAACAAAUCAAACCAAAUUAUUUGGACCACCCAAUAAGUAAAUUUUUCAGUGAACAAUUUUCACAUAUAAAAGACAAAGACCUUCUUGUUCUUAUUAGUGGAUUAUUACGUUAUGAUACUACAUUACGUUGGACUUGUAAAGAUGCAAUAAACUGUAAUUGGCUUGAAGGCAUAGAUACUUCAAAACCUUAUAAUAUAUAA